AUGAAGAAGGUUGUGGUGAAGCUGGACGUGAACGACGACAGGCAGAAGGCCAAGGCGCUCAAGGCCGUCUCCGGUCUCCACGGCAUCGACCAGUUAGGCGUGGACAUGAAGGAGCAGAAGAUGACCGUCAUGGGCACGGUCGACCCCGUCGCCGUCGUCGGCAAGCUGCGCAAGCUCUUCCCCGGCGCGCAGAUCUUCUCCGUCGGGCCGGCCAAGGAGGAGAAGAAGGACGACAAGAAGGACGGCGGCGGCGACAAGAAGCCCGCCGGGGACAAGAAGGACGGCGACAAGAAGGAGGGCGGCGACAAGAAAGACGGGGACAAGAAGGACGGCGACAAGAAGCAGCAGGAGGCGAAGCCGGCCGUGCCGGUGUACCCGCCCUACUGGUACCCGAUGCCGCCGCAGCCGCGCUACAUCGUCCACAGCGUCGAGGAGGACCCCAACUCGUGCGUCAUCUGCUGA